CGCGCCACUUCCGGCCGCCAUGACAGGGGGAUAGAAAUACUUCUGGUUCUCCUAUGUUUACCUUGUGUUUCGUUGUGGGUGUGAUCGUGUGCUACGGCUCUCGAUUCUCUAACGAGCUAUUAGGCACUAGUCAUUUUAUAAAUGUAUUCAACCUCGUUGGGAGUACUGCAACGUUGGAGUGCUGUAACCGUACACUAGAGCUUCGCUUUGCUAGCGGGAGCGCGUGCCGUCACUCGAAGCACGCGAAGCAUGGCUUGGGCGCGCUCCUGCUGGGCCGCUUUCCUCAGCGGAACAUCUAACCAACGAAUCUAACUAAAACUUAAUUGCGUGAAAAAGUACGUUCUAAAAGCGCUAAAAAUGCCGCAGUGUUGUGCUUCCGGCUGCACGAUGCGCACCGGCACGAACAAAAUGUCCGAAGUGAAGUUCUUUAGAUUUCCUCGAGACGAGGGUCGCCGUCGAGCUUGGGCGACCGCAGUUCGACGUGUCAACUUCCUUCCUAACAAUGGCACGAGGAUAUGCAGCAAGCAUUUCACAACGGGAAGACCGUCAAAAGAUCCAGAUCACCCAGACUGGGUGCCACAUAUCUUUGCCUUCAAAAGCUGGAGACCCCUUCAGAACCGCUCAGCCGUCCUACGCUACCAGCGUGCUGUCUCCCGUCGCCAAGCGUCGCUCCCUCGUGAUCACACCGCGGUGUCAACGUCAGCUGCUGUAGUGGGUUCUGCCCCGAGCGAAGUAACCGAAGAAAAUAGCAACUCUACGACGAGUGAAAGGACUGUCGAGGAGACUGGCAUUUCUUGCUCAACGGACCUGACGGGUGCACAGAUUGAAUACCUCGUGGAAGAGAACAGGCGACUAAGAAUGCAGUGCGAUGUAAUGAAGAGACAGUUUGCAACAUUUGUUUCAGGCAUGAAUCUCAAAAGCAUAUGAGGAAUGGAGUUUUUC